ACCUUAAUAGGUGUAUGCUGGGUAACGCCAUCUUGUUUACAAUUUGUAAUCGCCUACCGACGGAGAAUGUGAUUUUUAGUUUUCGAUUUCUUAGUUUUUUUUCUGUGAGAGGCCAUAACACAGCUUAUUCUGAUUGUGUUGGUCUUUGAAAAGUGUAAUUCAAUCAUCCGGUUAAGUGCAAUAUUAGAAAAUAGAAUUAAAAAAUGUCUUCAACAAAGAGGAAACAAAUCAAAGUCAAGGCAGUAGCGCCGAAGCUAAAAUUGUUUCGUGCCAAUGAGCCUCUUCUCAGUGUACUUAUGUGGGGUGUAAAUCACACGGUAUGUCUUAUAACUUAUACAGUUUAAGUAUACUUCAAGGAAAUUUUUAAAUUGUGCAUGUACUUGUAUUAUAUAAAAUACCCAUCGAAUCAUGGAGGUGCACUAAACAGUAAAGUACAGACUAGAAAUUAGAGAGGCCUACAUGACAAUAUAACUUAGACUUUUAAAAAAAAAAAAAGUCAAAAGUGCAAUUCAGGUGCAUAUAGUAUUUCUGGUCGAAUAACGUAUUUUCGCAUGUAAAAUUAUGUGAAUUUUUAUAAAAGUAUUUAUUCAAAGUAAAAUGCCAUCUUUUUGUUGGAAUACAACAUUUUACACAAUUUUAACAUAUUUUAAUUUUACGAGAUAAAAAGUACAUUUUUAUGGAUCUUUUGUCUUUUACGGAGCCAUUCAUUGGGGUAAAACUUCUGUUUUUAAAGAUACCUUAUAAAUGCUGCCCAAUUGGAUGUAUCUUGUUGUAUUUAUUUUAUAACUUUACUACCAGUAUCAAAUAUAACCGGAGUUAUAGGGAACUCUCAUACUUGACAUACGUAGCCAGUCUACAAGCCACAUUGCAAUUAUUACAUUCCUUUUUUGUUCUUCAAAGGGGAGCGCCUUCCGUUGUAUCAACGUUAUUUGUUGCCUCACAAAGUGCGCAUAUAAACCAAAUGCUGCAUUUAAAAUUUCAGUUGGAUCAACAAUUUUAAUUAUUGUUUCUUGGUCGUCCUGUCAUUAUGGACAAAGUGAUCCUCUACCAGCAAUACAGCAAAACGAGUCCUUCUUACUAUAAUUACUAGUCCUCACCCUCAUUUUACUCAGCGUAAAUCAGUCAACAUAAGCACAUUGGCAUUCAAAAAAUGGGGAGGGGUGCUCAAAUUAGAACUGAUCAAUCAUGGGCAACGUAUUUGCAGCCAUCAGUAUGAGAUGACUAUCAAUAAAUGACCCCACUCUAUCAUUACAAUUUCCCCAUUUUCUGCAACGUGACAAAUAUUUUUUUUUAAAAAGUGGACACAUGAUCACACAUUGGCACAAAUUCGUGGACACCCCCCCCCCCCCACCCCUCUCGCCCUGCCCGCUGCCUUAGUCGGUAAUCCACUUCUAAUCCCCCCUCCCCCUCAAGACUUCAAGGGACAACUCGUAUAUUCCGAGCACUCUGAGAGGAAAAAAAAAGAGGGGCGGGGGGCGGCGCUCGUACGCAAUGAAAAAUCCAGUAUUUCAUUCUUUUUUGUGAAAAUGCCUACACUUUGAAAAUUUCGCAUACUAACUUAUAGGUGAUUAAAAAUCUGGCCAGAGUGUGUAAAAAAAACUAAAAAACAAAUGGGGCUAUGUAACUUUGGUUGGGGGAUGUUUAAAGACGCUUUAGAAAUCAAUUAAAAAAAGAAAAAAAGCGCUGUAUAAUUCAGUAUUAGUUAACAAUAACUGCCUGUAUUUAAUUAAUAAAGAAUACACGUAAGUUUACAUGAGACAUUACGAAAUGUGUUAAGAAAUAAUAUACGCACCUGAACUGCACUUUUACCCCCAAAAAAAUUAAACCAGAAUCAAUUUUCGGUAAAUGUGCUUUUGAGGUGCGUAUAUUAUUUCUCAACAAAUUUCAUAUUUUUACAAAAGUACAUGACAUUAUAGCCUUUCUGACCUUAUUUGCCAGAUUUUUCACCCAUAAGUUAGUAGUAGUAGGCUAAAUGAAAUUUUGAAACCUGAAGGCAUGUUAGCAAAAAAAAAAAAAAAGGAAAUACUGGGCUGUUUUGAACUUAAUACAAUAUUCCAUUUUGGACAGGGGGUCCAAAUUCUUUUUUUUUCUUUAUUAUAUUAUAUAUAAGCUAUAUAAGUAUAAUUUCAAACAGAGGAUCUUGCGUGGGAGAGUGGAUCUAGACCAAACAAUAGUACACAACAUACUUCACAUACACUGCAUUAUCCAUAUUCAAAUACUGAAGGGUACUGAACUCACCAUAUCCACCCCUUUGCAGCUUUGGAACUGGGGCCCCAAUUUCAUUUUUAUUUAAGCUCAAUAAAUACCAGUAGACUUGGACAAUAAUAUAGGCCUAAGGGUAAAUUGAUGGAUAUAGGCCAAGCUCUGUAGCUAUAUCCAUCGUAAUCCAUUUUUAAAUUUUGGUGGAGUUAGGAGUAGCCUAAUAAUAUUCAAUCCAUUCGGGACUGAUCUAGAAUUUUCCAGAAAGUUCUAUUAUUUAAAUUAAACAUCGAUAAAUAAUUUAAUAUAAGUUAAAUUGCUUGUUUUGUUUUUGUGAACAUGCAGUUUCAAAAUUUCAUUUAGCGUACCAACUAAUAAAUGAAAACAUCUGGCAUAUAGGGUGAAAGAUGCAUAAAUAAUGGAGCAAUGUUACUAUGUACUGUUGGGGGGCUGUUCAAAGACGAUUCAGAAAUCAAAUAAAAAGAAUAUUAAGUGCUGUACAAUUUAGUAUUAGUUAGUUAACUAUUACUGCCUGGAGUUAAUUUAAUUAAGUAUACAAGUAGUUUACGUACGAAAUGCAUUAAGAAAUAAUAUAUGCACCUGAACUGCAUUUUUAUCCAACUUUCUAGCUUAUGUACUUUUUGAGUUUUGAAUUUUUAAAGUGCUAGUUCAUUCAGUAAACUUUAGGAUUAAUUAAAUAAUUUUGACAAUAUUAUGCAAUUGUAAAUAAAUUAUAGCUUAUAUAGCUAUGAACUUUGCAUUAACAUCAUGUAAACAAAUUUAUACGAUAUGGAUGUUCUGUUUACCAAGUCUAGUAUCCUUUAUAUAUAGUCUUUGUUAGGCACGGUAAGGCAAAGUGUCCCCUAAAAAUAAUAAUAAUGGUUUGGGACUACUGUACUUCUUUUGAACUUUAAAUUUUUACACAUGAUUAAUUAAUGAAAGCUUUCUAUGACAAAUGAUUUAAUAGUGUUUGCACACAGCACAUUCAUUCUCUUAGGAACGAAACUAUGAGAAUUAUAAUAUAAUAGUAGCACAUGGAAGUGACCAUGAACUUUGGCACUCUGAAAAUUAUGAUAAUUUAUAAUAUGGACUCUGCUGGGGUUUUUAAACCUCAAAUUAAAAUAUUCUUGGUUAAAUGCCUUUUAAGUUCAUUCUAAAACACAAUUUAUCAAAUAUUUUGAUGUAAAUAGUGGUAUUAAUUGAAUAUUUCCCAAGUAUCUGAAUCUGCCGCCAUUAAAAAGUUAGCAUGGUCCAAAUUAUUUUGAUAAUGCAGGUUAUAUGGAUUAGCUUAAUGAACGUUGGACUGGACCUACAUCAAUGAGAAUUGGUACACAUAUACAUCAAUAUAUAAUGGUUUUCAAUAUUUAGACUUAGACUUUGAACUUCACCAAAAGUUUUUGAGGGAAAGAUGCCCUAUCUAUACCUAGGAGUUAAAGUUGAUCAAAAAAGGCAAAACAGUAUGUUGGAAUGAAGGUCAAGAUGUUCCCUAAUGUGGGCUUUUUCUGAUCAGCAAAUCAUUUUUCUAAUUUAGUUGAAAUAUUUUAAAAUAUCCUACUGAGCUAAAACUAGGCAUUUUAAUCGCAUUUGAGUUUUUAAUUCUUACUAAAUGGAGACACCCAUCUCAUUUUACUGUUUUUAAUGUGAUAGAACUGGUUCUUGGACCUCCAUCCUCGUUUAAACUGAGCUAAAAAAAAAAGUACAUUUUAAGACUAGAAAAGUUUGAAAUUUAAAAAAAAAAAUGUAACUUUAUUACACCGUUCCAGGCAUAAUGUUAUCACUAAAUAUAAUUAUUUAGAAUCAGCAUCAAGAUAAUUUUUUUUUUUCUAAAGAACUCACUACUGAUAGAAUAGCUGUCUGUGUAAUCACAAAUAAAUGUUUAUUUUUAGACGCCCAUUAGGGCAAAACUAUUUUAAAUGUCCAGGUUUUGAUUUUGAAAAAAAAAAUGGUCAACUAAUUUUACACAUGUUGUUAGUGUUAGAUAGAAAAAUGAUAAAAAUACAUUGUAAUUGCAGCAAACUUAAAUUGAAAGGGAACAAAAUUAAAUACAAAUAAAAUUCAAUCAUGUUGUUGUGAAGUAAGAUGACCCAUAAGUUGGUCAACUGCCAUUUGAGAUAGACCACUAUACAUAAUGUACUAUCUGAGACCCACAACCAACGGGCACUCGCUACAAUCAACCCUUUGAGUAUCUUGCAUAUGCUGAUGACAUAGCUCUGUUAGGGAAAAGUAGUAAAAACAUAACAAAAGCCUUUAUUGAAUUAGAAGACACAUUGCUACAAGCAGGGCUGCAAGUUAACAAACAAAGUACAUAACUAUGGUAAGAGAAGAACAGACAGAUGAAGCCAUUAAAAUUAGAAACUACACUUUUUAAAAAGUACAUCAAUUCCAAUACCUAGGAUCUUUAUUAAAUGAAAGAAACAAAUUACUAACAGAAAUAAAAGAAAGAAUAUUGGUCUGAAACAGGACAUACCUCAGUAGUCCGAAAAUACUCAAAAGGAAAAACAUUACAAGAAAAACAACAAAAAAACUAUUUAUAAAACUGUAAUCAGAUCAGUUGUAACAUACGCAAGUGAAACUUGCAGAAAGCCUAAUAAACACAUGGGAGAUAAAAGUUCUCCAGAAAAUAUAUGGACCAACAAAGGAUGAAUAUGGAUGGAGAAUGUGAACCAACCAGGAAUUAUACAGUCUAUAUCAGGAUCCCACUCUAGUAGCAGAAAUUAAAAAAAGGGUAGGCUACACUGGGCAGGACACUUAGAAAGAAUGCCAAAUGACAGAGGAGUGAAGGGGGUGCAUCACCAAAACCCCAGAGGAAAACAGCUCAAAAGGCAGACUUAGAUGAAUGGAUGAUGUGGAAAAAGAUCUACAGCAGCUGGGAAUCCAAGCCUGGAAAGGAAAGCAUUAGUUAGGUCUGAGUGGAAAGAAAUGGUGAGGCAGGACAAAGCCACAAGUUUGGAUGACUAAACAUAAUGCCGAAAAGUUUACUAUACAAUACAACCAAAAAAAGUCAAAGGUAGGCGCAUAGCUAGGGUUAGUGCCGCCCGUUGCAGGAAAAGAUAUUUGUGUCGUGUGUCGCCCCCCCCCCCCCCCCCCCCCCCCUUGCUAAAUUGCUGGUGUGUUUGUUUCAAUUUAAUGGUAUUGUAAAACAAAAGUGUCAUGACGGUAUUAAAAAAGUUUUGUACAGUAUAUGUGAAAUUAGUAAAAUUGUGAUCAUAUUAGCCAUGUUUUAUUCUCAUUAUGUUUGAGUGAUUUUAAGUUUCACAAAUAUUCAUGACCUUAUUAUCAUCAAUGAUUUAAAAUUCAACUUAAAGAUUUUAAUUCAUUUUAUUAUAAACUGCUGCACAUUGUCAUUUUAAGCAGAUGCUGGUAACUUUUGAAUGCUAAAUAACUUUCGAAAAUGUACAACCUUCAAACUAGCUUUAAAGUUUUAAAAAUGAAUUGUAGAAGUAGAGGAACUGCCCACUUUGUAGAAGAAGUGAAGUGGAGCUGAUGAAACACAUCCUUUGUUUUUAAUACAUCUUGAUUUAGCUUCCUUGAUUUCUAGUUAACUUUGUUUCCCUUGAAAUGGUUUUAACUCUCUGUUCACCAAAUUUACACUAAAAAAAUAGCUAAAUUUUUCAUGUAAAUUUAUUGGCCACUUAUUUUUAAAUCAGUGUUGUCAUAAAGCCUAAAAAGCUGCAUCUGUUUCAGAUUCAAAAAGAAGCUAAAUGUCUCAUCAUUAAGGCAUGAAGCAUUCAGUUUCUUUUGAGGUUGAAUAAUUUUCUUACUAUUGAUGUUUCUUAUACAAAACAUGUUAAGUUUAACAAGCCAAUCAAAUUCAAAGAUGAAAAUAAAGUUAAUUAAUUAACAGAGAAAAUUUCAAAAAAACUACAAGAAGCAAAAGAUUGAAGUAGACAAGGGUUCUCCAGAGAUAUGAUAGUUUUUUUUUUUAACAUAUAUUACUUAUACAAAAUCUAUUUCUGAAACAACAAAAAUAAUUAUAACAAAAUUGGCAUGAUAUCCAUGAUCUUUACCCACUCACAUUUACAAUCUUUUCAAUUUAUUUUUAGGCAUAUAUCAAUAUUAGCAGGGUUCUUAAUCUUUUUGCAGUGAUGCAUCCCCUUUUAAUAUAAAACUCUGUCCGCAUCCCCAUCUGGAUUUAAUAAUAUAUUUCCCACAUCCCCACUUUAAAAAUUGCUGAUAUAAAUACAAAUAAACCUGAUUUUCUGGGUAAGAACCACUGAAUCAUAAGGUUGUCCCCACAGUAUUACUUGACGCUAUUAAUCUGAUUUCUUGGGAGGGAGGGAGGGAGGGGGUGGGUUUAAAUAACUAUUUAUUGAUCAUUUCUCACUGGUGCAGCUGAGACUAUUUUUAUCUCCAUGAAAUGUCAAGUCAAUUACUGUCACAAUAGCUCAGUGAAAUUAUAGUUCCCUGCUGUAGCCCAGAACACAGUUUUGUGGGUGUGUUUUGCCUUCCUUAGCCUUGUGAUGGGAUCUUUGAAUGGAUUCCUAACCAGCUUUGUUAAGCACUUGAAGUGUUUUUUGCUUCCGACUUCUUGUAGUCCCAGCUUGUAUCUCACAACAAGCUGGGCAUUCUCCAGUGCUUUCAGUAUUGAUUUAGUUUUCCUUUAAUUUUUUUUUUUCAGUAGGUUGGAGAACUCAGCCUAUGAGAACAAACCAGAUUAGAACAUGCACUCCAACAACUGAUUAUUUUCUACUUUGAAAUGACAAUUAAUAACUCUUUCUUUGUAGAUUCCGAUUAUGCUAUCACUUCAUUUAUUUACACCUUUAAAUAAUAGGGAUAAUAAUGACAUAUCUCUUUGAAUUUUUUAAGCUAAAAUGUUAUUAAUUUUGUUAUUAGGAUUUAUUUUAUUUUUUUAUGAAUGCAGGAAAAAAAUUUAAGUGGUACAUAGAAAUUAAUUGUUUGUGUUUCCCUGUUAAGCGAACUAAGUAUGUAAAAAGUUAGCAUUAAUUCUGUAUGCUGCCAAGCUCUCACUUUAAGAAUACAAGCCUGGAAUUUUUUUUUCCAAUAGAUUCCCAAUAAGGGUUACCAUGGCAACUACAAUAAAUGCUGGCCCUAUUGAAUAUUUUUUUUGUUUCCAGAGCUUAAGAUCAAUGGGCGAAGAACAAAUUGGUGGUUUGAAUCACUCACUCUUUCAACUCCAUAUACUUUGUCCUACUUCACCCUUUUCUUUUUUUUUUUUGUUGUACAUAAUUUAUUUUCACACCAAUUAUUUCUUUUCCUUCUCUACUUAACACAGAAUAAUCAAUUUUUCUUUGAAGUAGUCUGUGCUGAGAUUUGAUUUUAGGGAUUACAGUAUUAUUAUUUUCCCUCCUAAAUUGCCUUAAAAUUUAUAGAUUUAUAGGCUGAACUAUUUAUAAUUGGUACAGUAGUAAUAAAUAUUUUAUCUAUUAUAUUUUUGGCUGCCUUAGGAUUUUCUUGGGCUUUCUAAAUAAAAGAUAUGCUUUACUUCCCUCCAUUUUUCAGCUGUCACCUGAAUUAGUAGGAUUAACAUGUUUGUACUCAAUUUAGAUUCAUUAGUCCUUUCCCAUAGGAUCAAGUUAAUUAGAUCAGCACUUAAGAAGCUGAUUUCUUCCCAAGAUACAUUCUUAUUCUCGCCUAAUGAUUUAAAUAUAUUCAUAUUGUAUUAAAUGUAUCCUUUUAAGCCCCAUCACUAAACAGUACAUUAUAAUCACAAGUUUGACUGCAGUAAUAAACAGCUGGGGACUAGAAGUGAUCUGCAGACUGUUCAAGAAUAUCUUGCCCCUGAUUUUUCAAAUAAAAUUAAGAAAUUGAGUACAUGAUAAAAGACUUAACGAGGGGAGAAUUCAGAAAAGAGUGGAUGGUGGUGGUGUUUUCGUGAUGCUUCUUACCAUAUAUAAAGCAUGAUCUCGAGAAAAUAAAUCAGAGGAAGUCUUUGCUUUGUUUCUGCCAUUUUAAUUCAUCACCAAUUUACUUUGCCAAUGCAUACUACAAUUACAUACUCAUAAAAACAAAUAGAAAACUUCGGUUUCUCAUACAUUAAAUGUCUUGGUUUAAAAGUUUGACGCUGUUGGUUUGAGUGUAUUCUAAGUUUUCUUCUAAAGUUUUGUUUAUAUUUUUUCUUUUGUCUUUCCAUGGCAAUUUUUGCAUUUUCAUUACAAUUUUGUGAUUACUAAUGUUUCAGGUGAAUGAGUUAAACAAUGUCAAUUUACGAGUAAUGCUGAUGCCUGAUGAUUUUAAAUCCUACAGUAAAAUUCGGGUGGACAAUCAUAUGUAUAAUAAGUAUGUAUUUUUAUUUUUAAAGUAAAGAAACAUUUUUAGCAUUAAAAUUAAAGACAAUUUUAUAUAAAUUGCUAUAUAAAUACUAUUUGUUUAAAUUUGUAAUAACCUACAAAUUUGAUGGGUAUUCGAUGCCAUGUUUGUAAUUUGCUACAUAAAAGAAUUUUCCAAAAAAAAUAAUUUAAAACCAAAUAUUAAGUCCUUUUUUUUUUUUUUUAAAUUCGUUAUUUUUUUUCUCUCACCAGGGAUAACAUGCCAAGCAGAUUUAAAGUAAAAGAAUACUGCCCCAUUGUGUUCCGAAAUUUGAGAGAAAGUAAAAAAAAAAAUUUAAAAAAAAAUAUUAAGUAAUUUUUUUUUUUUUUUAAAUUCGUUAUUUUUUUUCUCUCACCAGGGAUAACAUGCCAAGCAGAUUUAAAGUAAAAGAAUACUGCCCCAUUGUGUUCCGAAAUUUGAGAGAAAGGUUUGGUUUGGAUGAUGUAGAUUAUAUGGUGAGGACCCUUGCCAUCUUAAAUGACAUUUUUGAAAAAUUAAUUUAGAAAAUAACCACACAAAUUUUGCUGCUAGUAUCAUUAUACUAUUAAUUUCCUGUAGCAACCAAUAUUGUAUCAAUUAUCCCAAAUCUGUUUGGUGAUGAUUGUCUGUUUCAAAGUAUACAUUAGAUCCAUUGUUUCCAACACUUUUCAACUAUGGAACAACUGGGUAGACAUGUUCACCUGGUACAGAAGCCUAGUUUUUUGGGACUACUAUUUGCCUAAUCUUAGUACUAUUUGUUCCAUAUAAACACAUUAUUCAUGAUUUUUUUCGUUUUAGGAAUUUUGCUAUUACAUAAAAUAUAAAUAUAAAAAACUAUGACGAAUCCAAUCAAUUUCACUAGUAAAUUAUUUAUUCUUGUUAUUUCUGUUAAUUUAAUUAAUUUAUUUAUGGUUUAAUGGAAUUUUUGUUCAAUAUAAUUUCUUAAUUUUAUUUAAUAUUAAUUUACUUUGUAUCUUGAAUUCUUUAUUUCUACAUGAACUUGUGAACUUAGGUUUGCAAAGAUGUAGGAAAAAAAUGUUCCAUUAACCGUUUUACCGUCAAAUGUUUAUUUUAAGUUAGAAUAUUAAAAUAUCCAUUAAGUGAUUAAGUACAUAUUAUGAAAUAAAAACUCAUUUAUCCACAUAUUGCAUAGAGUUUUUUUUUUUAAAUCUUCUGUCAACAUUUAAACACCCCGCCCCCGCUCCCUCUCCCCUUCCUUGUUUUUGUUCAUGGUGAAAAAUAAAGUUUAAAAGACAAGAUGAUAAACUCAAUAACUUUGUCGAGGCUGACAACCUAUUGAUUUUACUUUGUUGAAUCAGGAAUCUGUUUUACAACAGCUAGCAUAAUUAAAGAAUGAAUUAUCUAUAUUUGCUAUCAAAUUCAUCAGAAUCCAUUUUUUGAAAAAAAUCACGAAUGAUUUGUGUACAAAAAAACAUUCCCAAAAUUGAAGUUCAUUUUCAUUUAAAAUUAAAAGUUCUGAUUAAUUCAUUUGGGAAGGAAAUAAGAUGUUAGAAUGCGUGUGCAGCUCAGAGGAGAUUAUUCGUGAAUUUUUCUUAUUGCAAUGUUAUAAAGUUUUGUGGAUAUAAAGUUAAUGUUGAAGCAGCAUUCUGUUUCUUUCUAACACUUUGGGGUGCUGCCGAUGUUGUUUAUUUUUUUCAUCUGAGUUUUGAACUCCAGUCAACGAGUGGGUUGUACUCCAGUCAACAAGUAGUUUGCAAUGGACAUUAUUUAGACUGGGAAGCCAUCCAGCCAACCAAUUCAAUACACAAUUUUAUUGAGUAUCCAAAAUAAAACUUAAAUUUUUAAAUAAAUUUUCGGAUCCGCAUUGGUAGAAACAGUAUAAUUAUACUUGAUAUUCACCCAGGUCAAAUGUCUGAGGCGAUAUACGGUUGUUCUACAGUUUCAACCUGGUUAUCCUAUCUCAGAGAAAAUUCAUUGCAAUUUCAGGCUUAUCAUAUUCACAAGGAUUAAAGAAAUUUGUAUGGAAUUAAAUUUUUUGCUCAUUAUGUUGGCAUAAACCUGAUAAUAAUUUUUUUUACUAUCCAGAAUUCAUUAUCAAAACAACAGCCAAUAUCAUGUGAUUCUCCUGGGAGAAGUGGGGCAAGAAUGCUAAUGUCACGUGAUAAAAAGUUUUUCAUUAAAACUUUGGUUUCAGAAGAAGUAGAAAUGAUGCAUCAUCUGCUUAAACAGUACCAUCAGGUACUUUUUAUUUGUUUAGUUUUUAAACUCUUUUUAUUAAUUUUUGUAAAUCACACUCUUUAGUGAGUUAGCGACGUUUACAUUUCUGAAAUUAAUUUUUUAAGCAAGGCAUUUUUUUUUUAUAAAACAUUAAAUAUCAUUUUCAGAAGCAUUCCAUUUUAAAUAUUGUUGCAUUUUUUACAUCAAAACGUAUUUAAAAUAUUUUUUUUGAAUAACAGAACAGUUAAGUAAAAACUCAUAAAAUGUAUUUUAAGUUGUAUCUAUUCUCCCAUCAGUAUAUUGUUGAAUGUCACGCCCAGACGUUAUUACCUCAGUAUCUGGCCAUGUACAGGAUCACUGUCAAUGACGUGGAGACCUAUGUUGUUGUCAUGAGAAAUGUGUUCAGUCCUCGUCUCUCUAUACACAAAAAAUAUGAUCUUAAGGUUAGCCUAUAAUUUAACUGUAGAAAGGUUUCAUUUAUUUAAUUUAUUUAAUUAUCUAAAUCAGGGGAAUCCUUUCUUUAUUAAAAAAAGUAAAUGCAACUAGAUUGAGAAAAUCCAUCACUUCAAAUUUUAUAAUAAAACUAAUAUACAAAAGUCAAAUAUUCUUUGCCUUUAUAAUUUUUUGUUUGCUUAAAAUACGGUUUCUUAUUGUGUUUCAGGGAUCAACAGUAGACAGAAAAGCUAGUGACAAAGAAAGGGUUAGUAUAGUAUUUAUUUUAAAUGUUUUAAAAUCUUAAUACAUUUUUUAAAAAUUUAAAGACUAGUUCAGUGCGAUAGCACUAGUCUACAAUAAAGGAAGAGUCUCAUAACCUAUUAUCAUUAACUAGUCGAAAUACAAAUUUAUAUAUUUUUAUCAAAUGAUUGUUAGAUCAUUCAAUCCUCAUUUUUAUUUUAAGCACUGAUAUCAAUUAUUUGGGAGUCUACUAUUUAAUUAAAUCUUCUUGAGCUUUUUCAUAUCCAUGACAAAGUUUGGAAAUGAUGAGCAAAUUAUUUACAAUUUUUAUCAGCUAUCACAUAUUGUUUUACGGAGCGAUACUCAAAUUAUCUAAAAUUGCAUUUGAUAAGAAUGCUGGACUAACAUUUUGUUCUUUCGUACAGUUAAAAAACUUACCCACCUUCAAAGACAAUGACUUUCUUAAUGAUGGUGCUAAAAUCCAUAUUGGUCCCGAACAAAAGAAAAAAUUGUUGGAAACACUCCAAAGUGAUGUUGAUGUAAGUUUUCAUUUUGCACAAUGAAUAAUUUUUAGGUGGCUGUGGUAAUAUCUAGGGGGCAUAUAGCCUAAGUGCACAUUAUUAUACUGUUUUAAAUUGAAUUAAUUCAAAUUUCAACAUUUUUCAACAGAUUACAAGGUAUAGACUUUUUGUUUAAUUAAUAUUCAUUUAGCACAGUCAAAACUGACUGUCAACAAGUUAAACUAGUAAUAGUCAACUUGUCAGUCAUUACCCCAAUGAUAAACGUUCACAUCAAAUUUCCUGCGUUUCAGUUUUUAAGUAGUCUCCACCUGAUGGACUACAGCUUGAUUGUGGGCAUCCAUGACAGGGACAUGGAGGAUGAAGGGGGGAUGAGUUUUGCCAUGCCUUCAGGUGCAGAUGAGGAGGAGCCCGAUGAAGAUGAUGUUGAGGCAGGUGCUUCUACUGCUGGAGGGGGGGAUCAGGUAUCUCAGAUUUCAUUUGUCACCUAGGGUUCAAUGUAAAUGUAAUAAGGGGUAAUUUAAAUCCAGUACCAAAGCUGGAGAAAAAAAUUUGAAAAGCUUAAAUUUUAUGAAUUUUUAAGAAUAAUUAUAAUGAAACACUUGGUAUCUCUUUUGCUUCUUUCGUAUGCUAACUAGCUCUUAAUUAUAUCCACUUGAAAAAUAUUAUUGUUCUAGUUUAGAGGGUUUUUUUAUGUCCUGAACUCUUCAUUCCUCUUAUAUACAGGUCGUAACUAUGUAAAUAUGCAGGUUAUUUUUCGCUCAUAAAAUUUUGUCUUUUUUUUUUUUUAAUUUUAUAUUUAUUUCAUAGUACAAUUGGGAGAAAGAUUUAAAAAAUAAAUAAAAAUUAAACAAUAAUAAUACUGAUAUGUUUUACGAAUUUUAGAAUCAUGUGAGUCGCCAUCUUAGGCAUAUUUUGUUAGGCGCUAAUCGACGUCACAGUGCAAUCUCUACGAAUACUUACUUACUUAUGUCUUUUAUCCCGUCGUGAGCAUAGGCCGUCUUCAAGAAUUUUCCAAUUAUCUUGGUUCUGUUCUUUGCCUUUAGCUGGCGCCUCCAUAUAUUUUUAGGCCUUUCUUUUUCCAUGUGAAUUCCAUGUUAGGGCUUGUCUAGUUCUGUUAACUGGGAUUUACGAAGAGUGUGCCCUAUACACCUCCAUCUUUUCCUUAUGAUGUCUUCAUUAAUUGGCUCCUGGUAUGUCCUUUCCAGUAAGUUUUUGUUGGUGAUGGUAUUUUGUCAUUUGAUGUUAGAAUCAUUCUAAGGCAAGUGUUUGUGAAGGUAUGUACUUUCUGCAUGAUGCUCGCUGUUGUUCUCCAAGUUUCGGCUCCAUUUAGUAGGACUGUUUUUGACAUUUGUGUUGAAAAUUCUGACUUUUUCUUUGCCUCCCAGAUUUUCUUUAAUAGCACAAAAGCUGACCUAACCUUUCCAGUUCUAGCCUUGACAUCUGCUUCGGAUCCACCAUUUAUGUCAAUAGUGCUGCCUAAGUGUGUGAAGGCCUCCACUUCUUCCAGUGCAUUUCCUGCCAGAGAGACAUGCUCUUGGUUGGCUGAGUUUACCUUAAUGAUCUUUCUCUUGCUUUUAUUUAUAUUGAGUCCGAGGUGUGCUGAAAUGGUGGCUAAAUCUUUUGUCUUUUCCUGUAUUUGUUGCUGGUUGUGGGACAGAAGACAUUGCUCUUGCUGUCCUCUUGGAUACUACAUUACAGCUAAGUGUAUUUUUAUUUAAUUUUUUUUUUUUACUUUUGUUUGUUCACUUAUGAAGACUUCUUGCAGAUACAUUUGUUGUUUUGUUGCAUUCUUUUUUCAGGAUUUCUCAUUCUUUGUUUCACUCAUUUCCAUUUUUCUAACCUGAUUGCAGUCUUUCCCCUUUAUUAUCAUUCUAACAUUCCUCGAGCCUAUGCUUAUUGCCUUUGAAAGGAGGAUAUGAAAAUGAGUAUUACUGGUGAAAAUUUCAAUCAAUUACGAUCUGAAUCUUCAGAGUAAAAUAAUUGAGAUUUCGAAUCAAGUCAUUCUGAUUUAUGUUUUGAUGAAAAUCAUCCAAUGAAGUAUUAAAUACCAGAAGGUUAGUAUUCAAGUGUUGCAUUAUUCUAUGUUUUUCUGAGCUUUAUUACAAUUUGUAUAAAUGUAUAGGUUAAAUUUGUGUUUUUAAGCACAUUUAAAUAUUUACUAGGCAUUUUAAAAUGAAAUUUUAUAAAAUGUGAAUAUCUUAUUACAUUAGAUAAUAGUGAAGUUGUUAUUCUUAGUGACUUUUUCUAAGUAAUGUAAACAAUGUAUUUUGAGCAGCCUUAGAUGAUAUAUUUCAUACUUAAAAGCAUGAAAUUUGACAUCUGUGUGUGUUUUAAAUAAAAAUAUUCAAUGAAAGCAUAUUUUAAAUUCAUUUUACACAAAUUGGGAGCUAUGAAUAUGCUAGUGAAGUAUCAGUAGGCAUAGGCUUAUAUACUUGUUUUUUUUUUAUUAAUUUCAUCCCUCUACAUAGCAUAUAUUAUAUUAGUUGUUCUUUUAUAAUCACAGGUUAAACUCAUGAUGUACAAGAUGAUGACCCACUAGUUCCUACUCCUAAGCUUCUCCCAGCCAGAAAGCCAGGCUUACAUCUGAGGGAAGAAAUGUCGGCAUGGAUACAGUGAGCCAGUUUCUUCAUCCUAAAGAUUUUUCAAGAUUUUUUCACGCUGGAUUUGUUUGAUAUAUUUUUAACAUACACCAGCUAUCCAUCUUCCUUGUGACCUUCUAAACCUUCCAUCAACAGAGUGAUGUUGGUAUAUCAACAGAUGAAUUUUACAAAUUUAGGACCACUAAUGUGCAUGACAACUAUACAGGUCCCGGGUGUACAAAAAUACUGGUCAACUUCAACAAUCUACCAUCAAUUCUGGGCCAAUGACUUAGGGCCCAAAAACAGAUGUAUUCAAAUUAUGGCAUUCAUCAAAGAUAAUAUUGAAACUGACAAUAAAGAUAAACUGUGGAAAGUGAAUUUAUUGUCAGACUUUAGCAGAAGAAAAUGAAAAAAUAAACCAAGCAAGGUGGUAUGUGGUGGAUAAGAGAUAAUUAACCUAUAACUGUUCAGUGGAUAAAUAAUAGAACCGUCAAAUUAUAUGACGGUAAAAGGAUUUUCUUUUGUGAAAAAACUCAUAACUGAUCUAGGCAAAUGUUGGAGAGACCAACAAAUAUUGUGCAAAUCAGAUUUUGAAAUCAUAGAAUUCAUUCAUUUGUAGUGUUGAUCUUUUGAUAAAUGGAUACAUCCUGCUAAGAAAAAAGAACAGCACUGGAUAAACCCUUUUUUUACAUUUUGUUGAUAUUGCCAGCUAUAUUCUCUUCGGGGGUGUUGAAAAGAUCAUCCUGGCAUAGAUGAACUGAAACUCCCUAAUUUUUAAAUUCAAUUGAUUUCAUCAAGGAAAUUAUUUGAGCAUUGGGUGAUUUACUAAAACUGAUAAUGUUCCAAGUGCAUGAUAGGUAACUAACACAAAAUACAAUAGCAUACAUCCAAAAGUUCCUGACUGCACAGAUUUAAAAAGAAAUUGUUAAGUGUACUAUAAAUUUGGAAUGGUAAAGUGUUCUAUAAAUUAGGAAUGCAGAAAAGAACAAAAAUUACAAUCAAAAGUAACACAUGUGAUACUUACCUUGGUUUUAAAAAAGAACAAGAGACUGUCUGACUACUGUGAAGUUUAAAUUUUCUACUGAUACGUUUUAUUACUUUUUUGUAAUGUAUCAAUAAUUAUAAAAUUGUAAAAUAAUAAUGACCUGUAAUUUUUGUACCGGUAGUGGGUUGGUGAGUUCUUGUUAAAAUUAUUUUUGCCCCCUUUUUGACACUUUUCACAACAUAUUUUGUAUUUUGGUCAAAUGCUCAUAACAUGAUCUAAUUUCUUCUUAUGAUAUACAAAAAUGAAUUCUCGUUCUGAAUAAACAGAUUUUAUGCAAUAGUUCCAGGUGUUUUUUUUUAAUUUCUUUUUUGCAUCUGAUCAUCUUAACAAAGUUAUUACACAAUUUCAUUAAAAAGAUUAUACAUUAUUUGUUUCACAACUUCUCAGUGUUCAGAACUUUUACUUAAAUGUUUAGAAACAAAGAUGUAUAGAAGCCUCAGGAAUUUCCCCAUAAAUUGAUAGACAACAUCAUAAACUAUAGACAUGGAUUCUAAAAGUUAAUAACACUUGUAAGGUCACUAGAAUUCUCAAGAAAAAAUGAAAAAUUCAAGAAGUUUAAAGAGUUAAGCUUUUUCUAGCUGAUACAACUUUAAAAUAUGUUUUAGUAUUUAUUAUCUUUUUGCUUAGAGUUGGGAAACCUUAAAUGAAUACUUUACUCAUUAUUAAAGCUGUUAACAAAGGUUACACAAUGAAAUAUAUUUAAUAGCAGCAGCACAGUAUCUUCCAUAAAAGCCUAUUUAAAGAAAAAUGAUCGUAUUUAUUGUAAACAAUGGAUCUGAAAUGUCUUACAAAAUUCAGAUUUUGUUACGUUAGCCUGUAGUGUAUCUCAUUUAGUCUGUAGUGUGUCUAGAAAUAUCGAAAGUCCUAAAAAUUUAAAAUUAUCUUCAUACAUUUGUAAUCUGAGCUAAAAAACAAUUUAAUCGAUACUGUUCAAUCUUUUUCUUACAUUUUAAGCAAAAUAAAGAAUUUUUAAAAACUAAAUGUGAGGUGUUUCUCAAACAGGUUGAUACUGAGGAUGAACCAGAUGGCCCACCAAGCCCACCCGACUCCCCAACACCCGUCACACCGAUGCCUCAAUUUUUGGGUGAAUUGGACCCUGAUUUGGAACGUUAUGGUGUCUUAAGUAAUGAGGGUAGGUGGCCAUUCGAUUAUUUAGAGGAAGUUUUUAAGGAGCUCACAAGACUUAAUCAGAAACUCUCAACUAAAACUGGCAGCUUGCCAAUACAUAAUGAAAAUGGAUAUGCUGAAAUCGUAGGCUUCAUUUGAAGUUCUAGCUGUCACUAUAUUGUUCUAAAAAUUAUCUCACUUUUCAAAUUCUGUUUUAUUUCUUUUAUAAUGCAUCUAGUAAAAUUCUUUUCACUUUGAAUAUUUAAAUGCUUUAUAGCUGGGUUGGCCAGCUAGCUACAGUGUUGUAAAUAUUUUUUAGUAAGUUAGAUUUUUAGAUAUCAAGGAUUAGUAUAUGGACAAAUAAGUACUGGUGCCUCAAUAUAAUGGGAAUUGAUAUGUGUUCUUGGCAUGGCUCCCAUCAAUUUGUUAUAAAACAGCCAGGUGUUAAAUUGACAGGCAUGCUGAAUUUCAGACUGUCCACCCCAUGUCCACCCUCCCACUUUGUGUUAAGGCAGUGGCUAUGGCUACGAAGGGGUUGUCCAUUACUGAUUGAGAGAAUCCAGAAAGAAAAGCAAUGGUGGCCCAGAGCGAAUUGAGGCUGCUAAAUUUGAUGUUCUGGGUCAUCAUGAUGGAAGAUAUGACACAAGGCAAAAUAUGAUUUUAGCGAAAAAAGUCAUAUAAAUUGCAUUGUUAAACAAAAAUGAAUUGAAAAUUUAAUCCAGCUUUUAUUUUGCAUCCUCAGAAAGUGGAAAACGUGAGGUUUACUUCUUGGCAUUGAUAGACAUCCUCACCAAGUAUGGUAUGAAGAAACGCACUGCACAGGCAGCAAAGACAGUGAAACAUGGUGCAGGUGCAGAAAUCUCCACAGUCCAUCCGGAACAGUAUGCAAAACGAUUUAUGGAUUUUAUUAGCAAGUGUGUUGAGUGAGGUUAACGAAGCCAAAAAAGAAGUUAGAUCGAUUUUUGCAAUGAACUUUAUUAAAGUGUGCACUACUUUUAUUGUUGUAAGCAAAUUCCUUAGGAAAGGCGUCUAGCGACACUCUUAUUUUUUCCCACAUAGAUAUUCCUAACUGAAAGAGAAGGAAAAGCCGGCUCCAUAUUUUAGUUGUUUUAUUUUUGUCUAGUCAACUUGUUCACUGUCGACAUUCUGCUUGAAUUUUUAUUCAAUGGCUGUAUGACCAUUUUUAAAAAAUAGAGAGAGAAAUUAUAACCACAUGGUGCGCUCAAUGUACAUACAGGCAAGAACUUGACAAAUAGAAAACAAAAAGCACAUACAGAUUUUCUUCUGGUGGGUAACUUGGUUGGCAAUGAAAUUGUAACUCAAAAUCUUCCAAUACCAUAUGCCAAAGUGGAAGAAUUUUUUUUUUGCAACUCAUUUGAAAGGCCUCCCUGCAAAUGAUGAGAUAUCAGCCACUUAUCCCCUUAUAUCUUUGCUGACUUGGCCUUACAAGCAUUCACUGAUAUUAAAUGUAAUCCACACUUGCAAUACAAUUUACAAAGCUGUAUUAUGUCCUCCAUGACUUCUUAUACAAACUGUGGGUAUCCUUAACAAAAUUUAGGAAAAUGGAUAAGUUUUUGUUAUGAAAUGAGCUAUAUUCAAUCAAUAUACUGGCAUUUUGCAUAAAUCUGUCAGAUCCCGUGUAUUGAAUACAAUUUUAACAGCACUAUUUCUGAGCCUCUGGCUAUGAAUGUUAAAUUACUUUAAGGAAAUUAAUACAUCUUAAUGUGUUUCGAUUGCAUUUUUUCACAAAAUGUGUGACAACAUCAAAGGCUGACCACUUCUUGAAGUCAAUGAAACCGGAACUGGGUAUUAUUAAUAAUUAUUGUAAUCCAAUCUUUAUGACAGUAUCCAAAACUAAAGAAAAGUUGUCCCUUCAAACUUUGAGCCAAUAGUUCAAACAAAAGCAACUUUUAGUUUCCUCAAGAAGCUUGAUUGCCAUUGAGAGACGCCAAAUGAUCACAAUUCACACACCUGUUAUCUUCUUUUCCUUCAGUUGAAGUAAGACUACCCUAGAAAUUGUUUGGCAGUGCCACUUCUCAAGUUUCAUUCUGACCUUAUUUUAAAUACUCUUUUUUUUUUUCUUUUUUUUUCUUUUUUUUUGUCUCAAUCUUAAUAUCUCUUUCCCUCUCUCUCUCUUUCUCUCUCUUUAUAUAUAUACAUUUUAUCUAUUUAUACAUAUGUAACAAAUUGCUAUUGUUUUUAACAAAGGUUUCUCAAUGACAUGCUUUUAAUUUUCAUUUUGUUCUUUUUUUAAAUACUCUUUUUUUUUUUUCUUUUUUUUUCUUUUUUUUUGUCUCAAUCUUAAUAUCUCUUUCCCUCUCUCUCUCUUUCUCUCUCUUUAUAUAUAUACAUUAUAUCUAUUUAUACAUAUGUAACAAAUUGCUAUUGUUUUUAACAAAGGUUUCUCAAUGACAUGCUUGUAACAACAGCAGCACAGUAUCAAACAUCUUUGCCUUUUUUUUCCCCCCAGAAGUUUGAAUUUGUUACAAAUUUUAAAAAAUCAGUAUUAGAGCAUUCAUUUGUGAGGUGAACUUCAUAUGGCUUCAGCAUGAUUAGUGUAAGUGUUGGUCAUUUUACACCUAAGGUUUCUUUAUGAACUUUGUGUUGGCUGUUGGGGAAUAGUUUUUUUUUAAUUCUCCAGACAGCCGACAUGAAGGAGACCAUUUGAAGUUGUCCAAAAUCCUUCACCGUCUCCAUCAUCCAGACUUGUAAUAAAACUUACAAUUUAAUUCACAGCCCUGAGAUAGACUAGAUAGAAAAACUGUGUAUGAACUGAGAAGCAUAAACAUUUAUUUUAUGUGUGUGGUGUGUAUCUGGACUUAAAUUAUCCAAAAAAAAAAGAUUGUCUUUUGAUACAAGUGCAAUAAUGAUUGCAAUUGUGAAAGUGGGUACGGGAACUUUCAGACCAGCAUCACUGUCAAACACAUGUGCCCAGACUUCAUUUAUUGUACCAGAAGCAUAGUAUGGGCAUUUUCAAUUUUUUUUUUUUUAAUUUAUUAACGGUGGGUGUCUGUCACUCAUUUUAAAUUCUCUGUUUGCACUUGAAUUUUUUUUUUUUUUUUGUUGAUUGAUGUUAGUGUGAUUCUUUGGAAUGGAAUAAUAUGUUUUUAGUUUUGUAAAAUGUAACAUUUAAAAAAUGUAUCAAUAUUUCUUUUGCGUGCAAGAUUGUGAAACCAAAAUUUUCCUUAAAUAAGAAUUGUAAAGUUAACAAUUAUAUUUUUGGUCAAUAAUUUAGUAGAUAUUGGGAUUAAAGACAUUGCUAUCAUUUUGAGAAUAAGUAAAAAUCAUGAUUAUUGAUUAGUAUCAUGCACAUGUCUUGUUACACUUAAACUCUUGUUUUCUAAAAAAAAAAUUUAGCAUCAAAACAAAUCAAGAAGAUACAAUGAUACCUUAACAAAACAUAAAUAUAUUCAUUAAAUUCCUUCAACUAUAAAUAGAGCGUAUGUUGCAUCCUUUGCAAACAUCAAAAUUAAAGAUUUAGUAUGGUUUCCAAUGCAAAAAAAGAUUUUUGCAUGGUGUCCCACUUAGAACCAGCUCCACUGAUCUUUUUACUGCAGUGUUGGGCAUAUUUUAAGGAAUUUCAAUUUUUUUUUUCAUGAUUUUCUUGUAACAGUUCAUAUAUAUAAUUCAGUUGUAGCCAUAGACCCUGAGUUAAGAGCCCCAAUAUGAUAAUAACAAAAAAAAAUUGUAUAUAUUUUUUGGGAGUUGGGGGUGUUUAGUUUUAGCUAGUGUUGGGAGUCAAAAUAAAUGUGUGCUGAUACACAAACCUAUACUAUAAGGGACUCUGGUGGAUCGUGCAGAAAGUAUGUCUUUAAAGGUCUAGGGGGAGGGGGGUGCAGUUUGAUCAAACAGUGGAGAAAAUAAUAUAUAUGAUGUGACAUGCCGCUGAUGUCAAUGACUCGUUGUACUUAUUGGACGUGUAGGUGUUAAAUUGUAGUCUCUUGGAGUCUUCAAAUCAACAGCUUGGUGAGCUUUAAAUCUUGAUGUAAAAAAAAAAAAAAAGCAUUUAGUGCUGUGUUCAAUGAGAUUUUGUUCUAUGGUACUCUCAAUAUUAGCCAUGUUGUCUGUUGUUCUUAAUAUUAAAAUGUUUUCAUGUGCUCUUUUUUUUUUCUGUUUUUUUUUUUUUUUCCUUAAAAAAUUCCCAUUCUGUUUUGUAAAAUGAUGUAUCAAAAUGUUGUAAUGUGGAACAAAUUGUUUUUAAUGAGAAUGGAAAAUACAAAUGUUUUCUUUUGUUUGUUUUAGUUUUGGUUGGUUUAUUAUCUCUUUCGUUCAUUUCCCGCCUGCCCCCCCCCCUUCCCCUCCCCAUUUUUUUUUAAAGAUGUUCAGAGCAAUGUGCUUUCUGACAUUUAUUGCUUAUCUUAUUUGUGCUAACUGAAGCAGAAUAUUUACCAUUUGAAAGAGCUGUUAUUUUUUAUUUAUUUUUUUUUUAAGUAAUCCUAAUUAUUUUGAUUAGACUUAAAGGAAUAUUGUUUUCUUUUGUUUAAAAAAAAACAAACAUUGAACUCUGUGAUUAACUCUCUCUGGCAAAUUUACCUUUGUUCUCUUUAUUAUCUUUCUGUUUGCAAAACAACGGCUGUCCCACUCGUGUAUGUCCCUUGUGUCACAAACUCAUGCAACAUAAUUUGUAGGACCACAUGAUCAAUAAAAAAAAUGCAAGCUCAUCCAUGAGUAGUUAUGCCAGAGUCAAAAUUACUUGUAUUAAAUGCAUGCUGGCAAUCCUUGUAUUGUUUUUUUUAAUACAUUUUUAAAACUAUAAAUAUGGUGGAUUCAAAUUUUUUUUUUUUAAAUCAUGCCCUUAUCUAAUGUGUUAAACUAUCUAUCACUGGCCUAACUUAUGGGUAGCAUUGACCCAACACAGCUUAUAUUUCUUGCCCAGCACGCACUAAAACACAAUGUAUCUGAUUGGCAAAGGUAUGCACAGUUUUCAGUCAUUUGUACCCUGCUAUUUUUAAUAUUUGAAAUAUCCUUUUAAAAAUAAAAUAUGGCAGGGAGAGAAAGCUGAGAUGUCAUAGUAAAAAUCCCAAUAUUCUUUAAUUUUAAUUAUAUGCAGUAUAUUUCAAUGGGGGAAAAAUAGAAGUUUAGUAUUCACACUUUGGUAAGGACACUAAUGACGUCUGGUCAUCAUUUGGCACAAAGUUAAAUGAUCUAAUGUAUUCUCUGGAAAGUUUUUUUAGGGGGGUGCUUGAAAUUUUUAUUAAAUUUGAUAAGUAACUGCUUGACCAGUCAGCAUAAUCUGCUUUUGUUAAAUUUUUUGGGUUUGUAUUUAGUCACAAUUCUGUUGCACCUCCAGACAAACGGUGAGCAACAGAUACAUUACUUAGAGUGAAUAGUCAGCAUGUUGAUGUAUUAAAGAAGAUGAUUUUACAGUUUAGCCCUCGGGCCCUCCAACUGACAAUGGUUUCUAUAUUUCUUAAGCCAUUGGGUAGGCCAGUCCCGCGCCCCCCCCCCCCUCUCUCUCCUUUUUUCGCCUAUUUUAUGAUUAUUCUUUGGAGAAUGUGCACAUUUUUUUUUUCAAUAUGAGAUAUUUUGUUUUGCUGUAUAUGGUUUUUUUAUUUCUUAAGCCCUUGGGUUGGCCCGUCCCCCGCCCCCCCCCCCCUCUCUCUCCUUUUUUCGCCUAUUUUAUGAUUAUUCUUUGGAGAAUGUGCACAUUUUUUUUUUCAAUAUGAGAUAUUUUGUUUUGCUGUAAAGUAUGAUAGUAUUAAAGCAUAAUUUUAUUUUACAGUGUCCU